AUGCAUGUGGUUGUGACAACUGUGGUAUACAUGCAGAUGGUUGUGACCGCAAUUGUACACAUGCAGGUGGUUGUGACCGUUGUGGUAUACAUGCAGGUGGUUGUGACCGCAAUUGUACACAUGCAGGUGGUUGUGACCGUUGUGAUAUACAUGCAGGUGGUUGUGACAACUGUGGUAUACAUGCAUGUGAUUGUGACAACUGUGGUAUACAUGCAGAUGGUUGUGACCGCAAUGGUACACAUGCAGGUGGUUGUGACAACUGUGGUAUACAUGCAGGUAGUUGUGACCGCAAUGGUACACAUGCAGGUGACCGCAAUGGUACACAUGCAGGUGGUUGUGGUCGCAAUGGUACACAUGCAGGUGGUUGUGACCGCUGUGGUACACAUGCAGGUAGUUGUGACCGCAAUGGUACACAUGCAGGUGGUUGUGGUCGCAAUGGUACACAUGCAGGUGGUUGUGACAACUGUGGUACACAUGCAGAUGCUUGUGACCGCAAUGAUGCACAUGCAGGUGGUUGUGACCGUUUCGGUUUACAUGCAGGUAGUUGUGACCGCAAUGGUACACAUGCAGGUGACCGCAAUGGUACACAUGCAGUUGGUUGUGGUCGCAAUGGUACACAUGCAGGUGGUUGUGACCGCUGUGGUACGCAUGCAGGUAGUUGUGACCGCAAUGGUACACAUGCAGGUGGUUGUGGUCGCAAUGGUACACAUGCAGGUGGUUGUGACAACUGUGGUACACAUGCAGAUGCUUGUGACCGCAAUGAUGCACAUGCAGGUGGUUGUGACCGUUUCGGUUUACAUGCAGGUAGUUGUGACCGCAAUGGUACACAUGCAGCUGACCGCAAUGGUACACAUGCAGGUGGUUGUGGUCGCAAUGGUACACAUGCAGGUGGUUGUGACAACUGUGGUACACAUGCAGGUAGUUGUGACCGCAAUGGUACACAUGCAGGUGGUUGUGGUCGCAAUGGUACACAUGCAGGUGGUUGUGACCACUGUGGUAUACAUGAAGGUGGUUGUGACAACUCUGGUACACAUGCAGGUGGUUGUGACCGCUGCUGUAUACAUGCAGGUGGUUGUGACAACUGUGGUACACAUGCAGAUGCUUGUGACCGCAAUGAUGCACAUGCAGGUGGUUGUGAUAACUGUGUUUUACAUGCAGGUAGUUGUGACCGCUGUGAUACACAUACAGGUGGUUGUUACCGCAAUGGUACACAUGCAGGUAGUUGUGACCGCAAUGGUACACAUGCAGGUGGUUGUGACAGCUGUGGUAUAUAUGUACGUGGUUGUGACAACUGUGGUAUACAUGCAGGUGGCUGUGACCGCUGUGGUAUAA